AUGGCCGAGGCAGCAGAGCAGAGCGACGACGGCAGCCGCAGCUGCAACUUCCUCGUCGUCGCCUACGGGAUCCAGGGCCACCUCAACCCGGCCCGCUCCCUUGCCCGCCGUCUCGCCGGCAUCGACGGCGUCACGGCCACGCUCUCGGUGCAGGUCUUCGGCCACCGUCGCCUCUUCCCGUCCUCCUCCGGCGACGAGGAGGUCAGCGACGGCGUCAUCUCCUACAUCCCCUUCUCCGACGGCCUGGACGACGGCAGCUGGCCCACCGACUCGGACGAGGACAGGGAGCGCUACCGCAGAGCUAGCAUCCAAAGCCUCUCAUCGGUGGUGCGCCGCCUCGCGGGCGCCGGCCGGCCGGUCACCUGCGUGGUGUGCACCCUCAACAUGCCGGCCGUGGUCGAGGUGGCGCGCGCGCACGGGCUGGCGCUCGCCAUGUACUGGAUCCAGCCGGCCACGGCGCUCGCCGCCUACUACCACUACUUCCACGGCCACGCCGAGGACGUCGCCUCCCACGCCGCCGAUCCGGCGCACGAGGCCGCGCUGCCGGGCCUCCGCCGGCCGCUCAGGAUCCGUGACAUGCCGUCCUUCAUCGUCGACGACGCCACUGGUGGCGGGAACGGGAUCUCCAAGAUGGUCCUACAGGGCUUCCGCCAGCUGUUCGAGCAGAUGGACGAGGAGGGGAUGAUGGUGCUGGUGAACACGCUCGAAGCCCUCGAGGCGACUGCUCUGGAGGCGAUCCGGCCGUACCUGGACGCCGGCGUCUUCGCCGUCGGCGUGCCUGCCGUCCCGCUCCCCGGAGCCGGAAAAGAAGACGACAGGGUCCACCUGUUCGCGCAGGACCAGAAGAGCGGCUACAUGGCGUGGCUGGACGCGCGGCCGGCCAGGACGGUCGUGUACGUGUCGUCGGGGAGCAUUCUGACGUACAGCGCGCGGGAGGCGGAGGAGAUCCUGCUCGGCCUGCGCCGCCUCGCGCGCCCGUACCUGUGGGUUGUGCGCCGGGAGGGGCGCUCGCCGGAGGUGGACCGCCUCCUCCUCGAGGAAGCAGAGGCGGCGGGGACAGAAGGGGUGGUGGUGGAGUGGUGCGACCAGGUGCGCGUGCUGUCGCAUCCGUCCGUGGCGUGCUUCGUCACGCACUGCGGGUGGAGCUCCACGCUGGAGGCGGUGGCGUGCGGCGUGCCGGUCGUGGCGGCGCCGAGCUGGUCAGACCAGCCGGUGAACGCGCACCUGCUGGAGGAGGAGUGGGGCGUCGGCGUCCGGGCGGAGCGCGACGCCGACGGGGCGCUGACCGGUGCGGAGCUGGCAAGGUGCGUCGAGCUGGUGGUGGAGGGCGGAGAGAUGGCGGAGGCGAUCGCAGCGAACGUGAGGGUUUGGAAGGGGAAGGCACGGGAGGCGGUGGCCGCCGGCGGACCGUCCGAGAGAAGCCUUCGAAGCUUCGUCAAGAUGGUGCAAGAAGAGGAUGAAUUCGCUAGACGUGCACAAGAGAUCCUCUCGACGCCACCGUCUUGCACUUGA